CCAGUGACAAACCAGCGACAGAGUGAGUGCAGGAAGCAAGCAAAGCAGCGAAAAUGGUCACUAAAUAUUAACUUUUGCGCGCUUUUAUUAAUUAAAGUAAGAAAAACGCAUCUGUAGAGACGUUUAAAACGUUAGGAAUGUCUCAGUGGUGUCGAAGGUAACGUUACGCACCUGAGUACAUUCUGCACCAUGGGGGUACACGGCCUGGCAAGUUAUGUGGAAGGAAAUCGGCAGUUCUUCACUGACCUGAAGCUGAAAAACACCCACCUUGUAAUUGACGGCUGCAGUCUGUACUUUCGAUUAUACUUCAGCUCUGGUUUGGACCAGGUGAGAGGUGGAGACUAUGACUUAUUUGCUGCUCUGGUGCGGCGUUUCUUUGCUGUGCUCUUAGAAUGCAAUGUUCGCCCGUUCGUAGUUUUAGAUGGCGGGAUGGACCAGACAGACAAGAAGUUCAAAACUCUACGUGAAAGAGCUGAGAGUAAGAUCCGCGAUGCUCAUUCUCUCUCCCGAGGGUCACAUGGCUGCGUCCUGCCCCUGCUGUCACGUGAAGUCUUCAGACAGGUCCUCUGUGAUCUUGGCAUUCCCUUGGUGCAGUGUAUUUCUGAAGCUGAUUUUGAGAUCGCCUCUCUGGCCCAUCAGUGGGGAUGUCCAGUGCUGACCAAUGACAGCGACUUCUAUAUCUUUGACUUGCAUGGUGGCUACCUGCCCUUUGCGUUCUUUGAGUGGGAAAACAUCUGCGGAAAGGGCCCGGAACGUUACAUCCCUGCCCGUCGAUUCACUGUUAACCGCUUUUGCUCACACUUUAACCACAUGAACAAGCAGCUGCUGCCUCUGUUUGCUGUCAUCACUGGUAAUGACUACACACUUGCAAAGACUACGGAGAUGUUCUUUAGCCGGGUGGAGUUACCGAGAGUGCCAAAAGGAAGGGGAAGUCAUUCUAACCCUCGGAUUGAGGGUCUGCUGCUCUGGCUGUCUCAGUUUCCUAAUCCUGGGGAUGCUCUAGAGGAAGUUCUGGAGAUCCUGGGUGGGCAACGGAAAGGCAACCUGCGAACACAGCUUUCAGCGAGGAUACAAGACUAUCAGCUCCCUCCUAACAGCACCCUGGCCCGGUUCUUCUCUAGCAGUCAACCAGCACUGCUGGAUAUCCAGAUGCUCCCAGCAGCACUGGUGUCCCAGCCAGAUUGGCUUUUGAGGGGGGUCGCCUCAGGCAGGCUGCCCCCUCUGGUGCUAGAUGUGCUAGUUCUCCAGAGAGCUCUUCUGAUAGCUCAGGUAGAGAACAGUCGUCUGCCUAGUAGCCAUGAAGUUUCACUGAGCAUUCGCAAGGCUAUUUAUGGCUUACUCUUACUUGAGAGGGCAGUGCAGGCUAAUGCUGGACAGGGGCAGAGGGGUAGAGGAAGAGGUGGCAAGGGGACAGGAGGCCAGAGUGGAGGAUCACCAGGUUCCAGUUCCUUUUGUUUUGUUGAGGAAUAUGACAGGCUUGACCUUAAUCUAAAGAAAACUCCAGUAGAGGCUCAUCUACCCAGCACUCAGCCAAAACUGAAAUUGGAUACUUUAGACAAGGUAGCAGUACCAGUCAGACUCAAGGUGCUGUUAGGAACUCUCGGGGUGAUGGAGUAUGUGCUGCAGUCCUUACCACCGCACCUGUGUCUGCCUGUGUGUGUGACAUAUUUCUGGAUGAACUCUUCCAAACCAAAGCCAAGCCCCUCACUGCUUAAAAGCCUGCUGCUAGGGCUGGUGUAUGGGGAGCUCUGUCGACGCAGGGCCAUGACUGGAGAUCCACUGUGCUCCUGUGCUGGUACUGCCUCUGUCUGUGAGCGAUUGAGCCAACUGAGAUUGAACUCUGGUCAAAAGAGGGGUCUAGACCUGGGUGUGGCUCACUCUCUCUGCCAAUGGCAGUCUUGUAUGUGGGCAGGAAUUUAUUUGAACCAGCUUUUGUGCUUCCCACUUUCUGAGCCUCACAGUGCCUGGCUGUUUAGUGGCACUCUGUUACAUGGCUUGGAAGCUGCACUUAGAGGAGGUCUGUCGGCUGAGUCUUUGCUGGCUGCUGCUCCUGCUGCCGUCCAGCUCUACUCCAUCCUAUUCAGUGCCAUAAUGGGCUUUUCUGGCCAAGGCCAUGCUCCUCCUCGCCCUGCACCUUUACCAGCAGCAGGCAGUAGCAAGGGAAAGGGACGUGGUAAAAGGGGACGGAGAGGUGGUGGCAGGGGCAACAGAGGCAGAGGGGGAACGUCUCAUGCCACUGGUUUGGAUAACAGGUUUGGUAUGCUAACCGUUGAGGAUGACUGGGAUGAAGACUAAAAAAGUGAGAGGAAAAAAGUUGUUACAAGGGAGGCUUAUCAGAAGAAGUGAAUUUUCAAACCAUUCUCUGACUUCUCUGACCAGGGUAAAAUGCCAGUUAACAUUCUCUUCACACCCCUGAGAUAUGAAAUGACCUGGUUAAAUGCUCAGAAGGCACUCAUAUAUAGUCCAGCAUAUGUAGUCAACAUAAAACAUACAACCUGUACAGCAGUUGCUCGACGUGUCAAUGUCAAAGUACCAUUACCCUUUUUUAAGGAAGACUUUAAACAAAAAACGAAGGGGUUUUGAAAAAGAUUUAUAUGUCAGUGAGCGACAAUGUAUCAUACCUGUUAGAGCAAAACACGGCAGCUGUCAUUUACACUGUCAAAUUUCAUGAUAAACAGACCAACAGAAGUGGUCCAAACUGUCCAAAACGAUGUAGAAUAAAAUCUUGUUCUAUUAACUCACUAAAGUUUUUUUUUUUUUUGUUUUGUUUUUUUUAACAGCAGUGAUAUAGGCUGUAAAAAGAUCUCGAAAGUUAUUAAUACUCAAACCAUCCCUUAAAAAGCAAAACUUGAUUUUUAUCAUUGGCAUGGCUUAAUAAAUAGUCUGUGCCUAUAUUUAUAUUAAUGUGAGUGCUCUCCUCCACCUACUGGGGGGUUCUGUUUUAAUGAUUUAGGAGUGUUUUAGGUUGAGCAGCCAUCAUAGGCUUUUUCUUGGUUGAUUGUGCCUGGUUACUUUGAUACAAAAGCUGUAUUUAGAGAGAAUGCAGCAGCAUAGACUGGUCUGUUCCUGAAUCAGAUUGCGAGAGAAUGAUUUGAAAAUGAACAUCUUUCUAUAAGUCCUUCUUUUAAUAAUCUGAAAGUGGGACUUGGGAAGAGGGCUAUGAGAGAAGCAGAAACAAAUGAGGAAAGAACCGUUUAAAGAAGGACCUGAAAUGACCAAAAUGAUUUCCAGUUUUAGUUAAGUCUACAGCUUGUCAUAUCAGGGAAAUGUCUAUCUUUGGUCCAUGUGCCUAUUACUUUAAAACACUUUAUCGGGUUAGGUUAGAAAAAAAUGCUUUUGCUCUGUUCUUACAUGCAGUGUGCCUUUUAUAAAGGCCAAAAUUAUUUUAAGCAAACUCUAAUUUUAUGGCAGCUAAAGGAAAAUGGCUCUGUACCAGAGAGCUUGGCUUGCACUAAUGCUGUGGAGCUGCUGUAUCGUGCAUGAGAUGAUCCUGUUAUGAUUCAACUUUUAUACACUCUAAUUUAGUUUUUUAUUCAGAUUUGUAUGAUGAACUUAUGUUUUUGCUUAUCUUGCCAUCAAGUAGUGCAAAAAGGAUGAGGAAGUAAUGACUUAUACUAUUUUUAUACUAUCGCUGUGUGAAUGAUGCUGGUGUCUACAACUUACGUUUUUUAUUUUUUCAGUAAUUGUGGUAGAUACUGUGACACGAGCUAAUGUGACAUCACUUUUGAGAAAUGUGCCAUGAGAACAGAUGAUUAGAUGAUGCACAUUUUUUAUAUUUGAUGUCUAUUUGGUUUGUGGCUUCUAAUUUCAGCCUGGUGAUUGUAUGGAUCGUAGCUGGAUCCUCUGUGGUAAACCACUUUUUUAACAUCUCUUUACUAUUGCAGUCAGGACAGUUUCAAAUGCACAUAACUGUACCCUUAAAGUGAUGCUUUGUCCAAAAAUCUAAAGUUUAAAAAAAUGUCCAUUACCCCAAAUGUUGUUGGUAAAUGAAGAUGUGUCUGAAGUGUGUUUGCUUAGGCUUAGCUAUGAAGCUAAUGUAGCUAACAAGCAAUAGAGGCGUUAUAGCCACCAGCUUAGCAGCUUGCAUGAACACUUUCAAGCUCCAGUGCAGAACUAAAAAAGGAAACUUUGGACAUCAAACAUGACGUGGCUGAUCGACUAUGUUUGGAGUAAGGAGAAAAUUAUAUCAGUUGGAUUCUUGACUGAAACAUGGUUUUUAGUUUAUAGAAACCCAAAGCUGACUUUUAAUACUAUAUAGUCUAUAUAACUGUUUCACCAGGACAAAUAAACGAAAAGAAAAAUACAUGUUUUAUAAAGUUUUUGGAAAGAUUAGUUUUGAUUAGACAUUUUCUAAGGAUAUUUAUUGAAUAAUGUGAAUGGUUGAGAAUUCUUAUAUUGAUCAUUUCCUCUAUUGAUGCAGCUCACUGUAAUUUGUUCCUCUGGAUCGUGUCAUGAAAUUAGAAUAAAUUUAACACUAAGCCCUCUUAGCCAGAGGUUUGAAUGUGUUAAGACAGAUUUGGAUUUUCAGAUUUUUAUUUAUUAAUAACCCUAUGUCCUAUUCCCAUCUCAACUUUCAAUAAAGUCUAAAUGCCAACCA